CCUCGAUCAGUUUCUUCGACGACUCUGUUUUAGUUUCUCUCGCGGUUCUCUUCGCGCCUCCGUCGCUCUGUCGCUCGUUCAGCUUGCUCUCUCUUUCGUGCUUCGGUGACGGAGAGAUGGAGGAAACUGAUUCAAAGAUGUGGCCUGAGUUAAUAGCUAAAGCUUUGGUAGAUACUAUAGCUAAAAGUCAUGAGUUGAGGGAAGCACUUGCUGCGUGGACUGAAGCAACUAAGGCAAAAGCUGAGAGAUACAAAGGUGAGAGAAGGAAGGAGGCCACUUCUUCGUCGUCGGAUUAUUCUCUUGCAAAGUGUGUGAUUGCUCUUGAGGAGAUGGGGGACGAUGCAGAAUAUGGUUUUGUGGAAGCCUUGAAAAUUUUCAAGAGCGACCCUGAAUGGAGAGAGAUUUUUCUUACCAUGACUUUUGACAAGAAAAAGCGAUGGCUAAGUCUUGUUGAAUAUGGACGUUUAUGAGUCUUUAUGUUGUUAUUGAACUUCUUGAUUAUGCCAUUAAACUUGUGAGUUUGGGUUGGUGAGGUUUUGUGAGCCUUUAUUCUGUUAUUCUCUAAAAGCAUGUCUCACAAUAAUCUGCCACUUGUCAAUUUUAAGCCCGAGAGCAUGCCUCAGUUGCUGUA